AUGAUUAAUCCAGACAUUCUUGAUGCUAAACUUAAUUUAAGACUGCCUUCAAGAGAAAUCAUCAAUGAUGCAAUUAAAAACAGCAAGAAAAAUGCAAAUCCAGAUGGAAGUUGAGUACCUCAAAUCUAUUUUAACAAGCAAGCUUUGACCAAAAUAGGAAAAAUUCAAGCAAAAACUGAAAAAAUCAAAGUCAGGAAAAUUUAUCAACCCAAUAGACCUAGAAGAGCAUAUAUUUCAGACAAUUUAUUAAAUUUAUCUGCUGUUGGAAAAAACAUUUCUUUAUAACUUAGGACUGCUUUUGCUUGCUCUGGGCUAUUCUAUUCCUUUUUCACUCAUAGCCAAAACAUUCCCAAGCAAACUUCACAAGAUAAAAAAAGAAGAAUGAUAGCCCAAGGUAAGCUAAAAGCAGUCCUAGCAAAUACUUCACACUCCUAAAUUUCUAUCUGGAGAUUUCACAUAUAAGCCAGAAAAGGACUAUGAAAGCGACUUCAAAACUAGCGGACUAAAAACUUCAUCUGCAAUUGGCACACCGAAGUUUUCUCCCAUACAUAGUAGAAAGGGGUCAAUAUCCCCUAGAGGAGAGCUUUAUGAAAAAUUAAACAAAAUGUUGACGACUACUAAUUCCAGAUUUGAUAGAAACACAUUUGAUACUUCUAUUAAAACACCAAAACAUAGAAUUAAAACAAGUAAAAAUCGCAAGAAAUAA